AUGGAGCUAAUUGAUAGAAAGUCAUUAGAUAAAAUUCUCUUCACAAAAGAAAUCCGAGAUCAAUAUAAAUUGUCAACACAAGACAAAAAUUCCAUCACCAAUCAACUUGCUGAAGCUGUCAGCUACAUGCAUCGACAAGAAUGUCCAGUUAUUCAUGCUGAUAACAAACCUGCGAAUAUAAUUAUAACUCAUCAACCUAAUUUAGUUGUUCAAUUGUGUGACUUUGGUUUAAGCAAGCUGGUAGAUGUUGCCAUGACUAUUGGUACUACUUGCGGUGAUGCAGUAGGAACACCAAUAUAUAUGGCUUCAGAGCUGUUGCUUCAUUCAGGGAAAAAUACCACAUCAUCAAAUGUAUGGGCACUUGGUUGCUCCAUUAUUGAAAUAGAUAAUGAAAAAUAUACUUGGAAUGCCAAAAGCAAGACUGAGUUGGCCAAAUAG